AGCCAACACAGGUUUCUCCUAUGUUCUUCUAUAAAUACUUGUAGAUCACUAACCUAACUAAUCAUUCAAACUUCAACUCUCGCUAAUACUUGAAAGCUCAAAAUAUCCUCUUGUAUUCUGAUCAAAUUUCUGUAAUAUCAUCGAUGGUGCUAUCCAAAGAGAAUAUGUUGAAAUACUCGGCACACCUUCGUGCUUACAAUUCCGCAUGUGGAGACCAUCCAGAACUCAAAUCCUUUGAUUCUGAGCUUCAGCAGAAAACCUCAAAUCUGAUAAACUCGUUCACCUCUGAUGCCAAAACUGGGUUGGUGCCACUGCCCCAACACGCAGCAUACAAGGAGUUCACCAAGCACCUAGCUGAAGUAAACCAACAGGUGUCAGACUACAUCAUUGGAUAUGGAGAAGUAGUGUGGGAGAACUCAACUCUGAGAUCUUUGGUCGAAACCUAUUUUGAAAGUGCCAAGAAGACUUUGGACAUUGCCGAGAAUGUAACAGAAUACGUCGAUGAAGCAAAAAGGGGCGAACGUUACAUUGUAGCGGCCGUGGCACAGUUUGAAAAAGACAAAGAAAAUGAUGUUGGCAAAAAAACGAAGAGGUAUGAAAAUACCUUGAGGGAGCUGAAGAAGUUUGAAGCCAUGGGAAAUCCUUUUGAUGGCGAUAAGUUCACGACUCUGUUCAAGUUGAUGCACAAGGAGCAAGAAUCCCUUCUGGAAAGAGUGAGGGAGACUAAGGAAAAGCUUGAUGAGGAACUUAAAAAUAUUGAGAUGGAAAUAAGUAGUCGAAAGAAAUGGAGUAUAAUUUCGAAUGUGCUUUUCAUCGGUGCGUUUGUUGCUGUUGCCGUCGGAUCCAUGGUUCUAGUAUGUACAGGCGUGGGUGCGGGCGUGGGCGUUGCAGGGCUUCUAUCAUUACCACUGAUUGCGAUAGGAUGGGUAGGCGUCCACACUAUUUUAGAGAACAAGAUUCAAGCUCGAGAGAAACAGGAAGAAGCUCUGAAGAAAGCGCACCGUAUAGCAAACGAAAUGGAUAAGGGUAUGGAAACCGACAAAGUAGAUAUGAAUUCCAUAUCUGGAAAAGUCCACGCGCUAAAAAGCAAGAUCACGUCUAUGUUGAAUGCUGUGAAGGAUGCUACUGAGGAUGGAGCAAAUGAGGUGGACACGAAACAAGUAAUGGAAACCCUUACGGGGGACGUGGUGGAAUUAACAGAGGAUAUCAAAGCAGUUGGUGAUGAUGUGGCAAAAUAUAGCAAAAUGAUCGAAGAGACGAGUUAUCACGUUUUGCAAAAGAUCACUGGUUCUGGAAAAUAAACUUUAUCGAUGUUUGAUGGAAUCGAAGCACCAAGGCGCAGAACAUCAAACAGACGCAGAGUCCAAAACCGGAGACAAUUUUGUCUCAUGGUUUUCUUGGUGUCCGUUUAAUUAUUUCAGUUUUUCUUUUAAGUGUUUGAGUUUUCAAAAAUAAGAGACGACGGUCUUCCUCUCGUCGAGGAAGCUAUCUUCUCCACUUUCCAUUAUUUCCUCGUUUGUAGGAGUCACUGACUCCACUUUUUUCUUCUUGUAAUGUUUUUUUUCUCUUCUUGUAAUGUUUCUCACUUUCUCUAUAAAAAAAAAAUGGCAUUCUUAAUUGCCAAAAAAAAUUCUUGUUCUUAUUAUCUUUCAGUUUUCGUACUUACUCUGAU